AUUUCUAUUUUCUUAGCUGAUCCAAAAUUUAGCUCUCCAAUUUCCAACGUAACAAUAUCAGUAGGAAGGGAAGCUGUUUUAACAUGCAAAGUUCAUGAUCUGAAUUCAUAUAAGGUCGCAUGGCUUCGUGUGGAUACUCAAACUAUAUUAACGAUACAAAAUCAUGUAAUAACGAAAAAUCAUCGUAUUAGUAUUAGUCAAACAGAGCACAGAAUAUGGCAACUACGGAUACGUGAUGUACGUGAUACCGAUAGAGGAUGGUAUAUGUGCCAAAUCAAUACGGAUCCAAUGAAAAGUCAAGUUGGUUAUUUGGAUGUUGUUGUUCCUCCUGAUAUAGUCGAUAAAGAGACCAGUCACGAUAUUGUUGUUGAAGAAGGACAUAAUGCGACAUUAAUUUGUACAGCAACAGGUCUACCACCACCAAUAAUAACAUGGAGAAGAGAAAAAGAGAAACCAAUUUUAGCAAGUGGUAAUAAAGAAGUUUACAGUAUUGAAGGGCAAUUUUUAUUUUUGAAAAAUGUUCAAAGACAUCAAAUGGGAGCAUAUCUUUGUAUUGCAUCAAAUGGUAUACCACCAACAGUUAGUAAAAGAGUUUUACUUGUUGUGAAUUUUGCACCAACAAUUUGGACACCAAAUGAAAUAAUUUAUGCACAACCAGGACAAAAAAUUUUAUUAGAAUGCAUCAGUGAAUCGUAUCCAACAUCAGUUAAUUAUUGGUUAAAAGAUAAAGAAAUUAUACAAGGUGGUACAUAUGAAUCCGUAACACUAGAGAAUAUAUUUAGAAUUGUAAUGAAAUUGACAAUUCGUCCAAUAAAACCAGAAGAUUUUGGUGAAUAUAAAUGUGUUGCGAAAAAUUCUUUGGGUGAAUCAUCAAAAAUAAUAACGAUUUUAGAAAGAAGAAGAGAAGAUGUAUUUUUAACUGCAAGAGCAAGUGAAGUCAUUGAUGGUAACAAUUUGGCAAAUUAUCAACAUGAUAUUUCUACAAGUUCUUCCUUAAAGUAUUCCAAAGAACUUUUAAAUUCUAUAAUAAUUUUAAGUUUUAUAUUUUUUAGCAUUAGUAUAGUUUAGUGAUAAAUUAAUUAAAAUUAAUAAUAAAGAGAAAAAUAAUUUUGUGGCUUCAGAAAAAAAAAGCAAAAUGAUAUUUUUAUUAAAAUUUUAUUUCCUUAAUUAAAAAAUUUAAGGCUUUGGCCUCAUGAAAUAUGGAUAAUUUAAAUUUUUGGUCUUAUUUUUUGUAAAGCACUUUAUUGACACCGAUAUAAGUAAGUAUACAGAUUGAAAUGAUUUUAAAGUUGUGAGUUUCAAGGUAAAACUAUA